CAGUCUUCUCUCGCUGGCGCCGGCAUCUUUACUGUCCACAGUCUCUGGUCAUCUGUAGUAUUUCCGCAGUAUCUUGUACUGUGUCUGCAGUCUCUGGUCAUCUCCUGUACUGUGUCUGCAGUCUCUGGUCAUCUCCUGUACUGUGUCUGCAGUCUCUGGUUAUCCCCUGUACUGUGUCCGCAGUCUCUGGUCAUUUCCUGUACUGUAUCCGCAGUCUCUGGUCAUCUCUUGUACUGUGUCUGCAGUCUCUGGUCAUCUCCUGUACUGUGUCUGCAGUCUCUGGUCAUCUCCUGUACUAUGUCCGCAGUCUCUGGUCAUCUCCUGUACUAUGUCUGCAGUCUCCGGUUAUCCCCUGUACCAUAUCUGCAGUCUCUGGUCAUCUCUUGUACUAUGUCUGCAGUCUCUGGUCAUCUCCUGUACUGUGUCUGCAGUCUCUGGUCAUCUCCUGUACUAUGUCCACAGUCUCUGGUCAUCUCCUGUACUAUGUCUGCAGUCUCUGGUCAUCUCCUGUACUAUGUUCACAGUCUCUGGUCAUCCUUUACUAUGUCCUCAGUCUCUGGCCAUCUCCUGUACUAUGUCUGCAGU